UUCAGACAUGGCAAUUCUUGUCAACACAAUCGACGACGCGGACGACACGCAUGCGAUCCAGCAAUGCGUGCAAUGCGAACAUGACUACGCCGAGAAAGACAAUGUGUCUGGAUCAUGCGAUUACCAUCCUGCCAUCUCGUACACGUACCAUUCAUGGUCCUGUGAACUGGCUUGCUGCGGGAUGAGCUUGACGUCGUACACGCCGUUUCCAUCAAGUGGAUGCACGAAAGGGUCACAUGCAAAAGCUCACCACGACCGAUUCCCGUACAUCAAUCGUCUGGGGCACUACCGCACAAUUCUUCAAGGUUCCGACACGUGGUUGCGCGUGCAACAGCACGAUGUGACGGUUGGCCAAGUCGGACGGCGCCGACAUUGGGGCGACGUUGGCAGGACACGUGGGAAUCCUUCGCGACAACGAAUCUGUGGCCGUGUGGGCGACCCAAGACGGCGUGAUUAUCGAUCUCAACGUGUUGCCCCUUCCACCCUCCGACCCCAACAACGACACGACCGUCGUCCUGAUAGCUACAAACGUGUCCACGCUGAUCAACGACACAUGGAACAAAGCCAUCACCGCCGACGGCCUUGGCUGGUCCGUCCAGGUGACGCGCGCUUCGCUUCCGGCGAAUGGCUCGUGCUUCCGCAUUUCCGUGCAUACUCCCACUGCGCCAACACCCAACGUCAAGGAGCUCCAUGUGCAUGGAGACUCUGCCGAUGCGUCUCGAUCCAUCAUCACCGUUUUUGACAACGACACGGACCUGCAUGACCUCUAUCCGUCCACAGACUCGUCCUUGUUCCCGUCGCCGCCUCUGUCCAUCCAAUCCUUUCGCCGCAUUCCACCCCAACUCUUUUACGACCGCGUGGGUGUUGGUGGUAGUGGCAUGCGAUCCCUUGCCCACGUUUCAGUCGUCCGGAGACCUACCAUUGCGUGUCAAAGCUAUCAAACCCGUGGUAGCCAAUUCCGACCUGCGACCAUACAACCACGACUUGUUCACCGUGCACCUGCUUCUAGUCGACACAUCUGCGAUGCCGUCCCCCAACCCUUCACCCUCCCAAAUGUCCACUUCCCCGUCAUCUCAGCCGCUUUUAACUGACGAACGACAUAUCAUCCUCACCAUGGUGCGCGAUCAGCAGAUCUUUGUGGACCAAGCCGAACGCCUGCUCAUCGCAACCGCGUCGCAUGCGACGAGUGCGGCCGCCGCCCUGGCCGCGUAUUCUUCGCCCUCUUCUGGUGUAUCUGCGGUGGCGUUGACACUUGUAGAGGUGAAGGCGACCUUAAGUCUAGACCACGGCCACACGUGGGUAGCUGCUGACCAAGUCGAGCUCAACGGUCACUCGAACGACGUGCUCACGUACUUAAUCCCCAAGGGCGGCGUGGACAAGGUUCAAGUGACUGCUCGAUUCCCCGCCCCCAACAAACACGGCCAAUGGAGUCAUCGCGCGUUCGUGACCAAGUUGCUGUUGCACCCAGCAAUUGUUCGCUACACGUUUGAAAACGCGUUGGGUCAAGUGACCAGUUUGGACGUGGCGUUUCAGAACCCGCCGCUGGCGCCGCUGCCUUCGCGUGACCCGUUAACCGACUGGUUUUUCAUGGAUAUGGACCACCUCGACGACUUUACCCGGUCGUACGCCAAGGUAAUAUAUAAAACAUCCAUCGUAAUAUAUAUAUAUAUAUUUAUAUCAUCAAUCUGGUCCUUCCCUGGCUUUAACAACACAUUCGUUUUCGGUCGUUGUUGUGUGUAGGUGACUCGCCCCCCUCCGUUGAACGACUCGACUGAUACGGACCCCACCCUGUUUGUGCUGCAUUCGUGCCACAAGAACGGCCCGACGUCGUCGUACUCUGUCACAGCCCGCACCGUGCGGCUGUGGCGAAGCCAGUUGAACCACCGCCUCCAACACCCCAUUCAAUCAGCCCCCACGGAAUUGGAGUACUUGCCUCUCUUGGCCAUAAGCGAGCCGAACAAGGUCGAGUGGACCGCUUGCUUCGACUCGACUCGUUCCACGCUCGUGUUGCUGCGGGUUAAACUCAUGUACGAAAACGAUGUCGCAGAGGACUCGUGGGUCCUCGACUGGCCGGCGGUGACGGCAUCCCAUUUUCCUUCCAGCUAGCAUGCAUGCCACAGACCUACUGUAUUGCAAUCAAGUCGACAUCCGUUUCGCUCAAUGCUAAGUUUGUUAGUAGUUAAGCGGUCGAUCCUAAAAUACUGUAUAUAACCAACA